AUGAUGAAUGUCACGAGUAAUGGAUACUAUACAACGCAAUAUCUAAACCAACAGCAGAGGCGGCCCAGACAAUACUUCCAAUAUGUUGAAAAGGAGAGUUAUCAAACGCCGCGUACACCUCAUGAGAACCUUCAGUCUUUGCCAGCUCAAAAAUACAAUCGUAAUGAAAGAAAGCCCAUUAUGCGGAACAUUCGUCCUAGACGAGAACAACCCACAAACCUGAAUCCAUCUGAUCCAUCCAAAUCACUUAAUGCAACCAAUUCAAAACAAAUAAUGGAAGUUGAUGUGGACCCAGAAGAUCAGCUUGAAGAAGAACCCACCCCAGCAGAAUUGAAGCAAAUUCAUGAAGACAACAUAAUAGUCAUACCUAUUGAGGAACCAAAGCAGCCACAAAAAGAUCAAAAGCUCAGGUCCAGCCCACGAAAGAAUAAAAAUGACGACUACUACUUGAAACAGAAACAACGUUACGACGAAGCUAAGGAAAUCAAACCAAAAUUGUACACCCACAAGACUUUUCGUGAGGUCUUUACUGACAAGCAAGAAAAUCAGAAAAAGUACAAUCCAAUUGACACUGUAUUUGAGCAAAGCGAUGAUCUUACCGGAAGCAGCAAAACAAAUGCCAAAUUAUCUGCCUUUUUGAAAAGUAUCAAAGUGAUCAAGGAUGACUAUAAUAAUUACAACUAUUAUGAUCAUCGAAAGAGGAAAAAUGUAGAAAGAGACGUUUUUGUGAGUGAAGAAAGUGAUGAUGAUGAAGCCGAAGAGACAAUGGAACAGGAGGAAAGUAGCGAAGUAGAUGACACUGGAAAUAUAUCAAAAAAGAAGAAAAAGCAGGAGUUCAAAACUAUAUGGAGGAAAAAGCUCAACCGGGCCAAGAAGAAGUUGGGUAAAGAUUUUGAUUCUCACCUAAAUGGAAAUAGUGAGCAAGAUAUGUCUUCUGAGGCAUCACUAAUCGAGGAAAUCUUGGAAACAGAUCUGAAGAAUGAUGCAAUGGCUCAGUCCGGCAAUGAAUUUGCCAUCACUUCAAUGGUUUCCCUGAGCUUUAAUUACUUAUGGUCAUGGUACGAUUUUUAUCAAAAUAGAGAUCAAACCCCUGGAUCAAAUCACAACAAAGCAAUGGUUCCUUUAACCAAAUCAUCAUUCACUCAAUCUAGUGCAAUAAAUGACAUACCAGGGCAGAGAUCAAAAGGACAAAUAAGGACUAGAUUCGCCAAUGGAUCCAAACAAUUAUUCACCGGUUGGAACCAACCUGCAAAUCGCAUGUUCAAGGGUGAAUCUACCGGAAAUAAAGGCAGGCGAAUGGUUUACCCAACAAAAAACGAUACUUCUUCUUCCAUCGCUCCUUCAAGUGAAUUCAUUGUUGAAUAUGACUCUAGUGAUGAGGACUCAAUGACACAAGAAUUAUAUUACAAUCCACAAACAAAACAACUUGAAGCUCAACCACCAACAUCAUCUCAAUCAAUGAUUAGAACAAAUAACACAAAGGAGGAUACUUCAUCAUUAGCGAUAGUUAGCACUUUACUCAAUUUAAUUAAACGAAUCCAUAUUAUGCAAUUGAUUUAUACACCUAUUGAUUUCGUUGGUGAACAUUUCCCCCAAUUACAAACUUUGAUUAUUGUGUUGGAAUUGGUUUUGUUUGUUUGGAUAUUGUAUGAAUUGAGUCGAUUGGUUGAUGCUUUGUGUAUGAUGGUACGGGCAUUUUGCUCACCCAUGAUUGCUGUGGGUCGGUUCAUGAAUAAGAUCAUGUGA